CUCAUCGUUGUAGCAAUGAUGAAAAUCAAGCAUGCUAUCUUCUUGUGCUUAUGUGCAAUGCUACUAAUCUCUAUUGUGGCAAUUGAGCCUUAUGAACACGAGAAUCAAUUUGGUGAAAUAGAGAAACCAAUGAGAAACAUUGAUGGAGUUGUAAUACGUUUAACCAAUGGUGAAGGCCGUGGCAGAAACGAGCCACUCUUUCCCGAUUGCGAGAAAGACGGCGGCAGUGAAGGUGGAAAUUGUGGCGGACAUGAGGUCGAGGAGGGCAUCACUGAAAACGCCAUUCCUAUUCCUAACGGUGUAAGUCAAAGUCGUUGGUGGACACGCAAAGCACCAGUGGAGAAAAUUCCUGUGGAAAACUAGAAACGCAUAUACAUGUAUCAUGUAUUCAUGGUGCAACAAUAUAUAAUGUCAUAAGAAAUGUAAAAUAAAGAUGGGACCAUGUAGUUAUUAAAUUAAAUAACAAUUAUAAUAAUAUUUAUGGAGUAAACUAUC